GAACAAGAGAUCGGAGCACAUCUCUGCAAUCCCUGCGACCGUCAAGGUUGUUCCGUACUAGCAGCGCCGGAACCAGGUUCACGGAAGUCGCAUAGGCAAGGCUCCGGGACAACGGCCCUUCUUGUCGUCCUGAGAGGCUAACAUCCCGUUUGAUACACAACAGCUCAUCACAUAAUAUUAAUUAAAGAACGCCCGACUGAAGAGGCACAAAGUUAUACGGGGCGGCAGCACAGCGCCCGCCAAGAUGGCGCCUACACAGCGGCAGUCUCUGAUGACUGUCAUGGCGCAAGCCACCAGCCCUUCGCUCAGACUGUGGCCACCAGAGAGCUGCGAUGAGCACCAGUCCCUCACUAUGGGGGAGCCAAGCAGCGAUGGUGCAUCAGAGAAGGUGGUCAGCACGAGUGGCAGCAGCGGUGAGAAGGAGCGCGCCCCGUGGCCGGUCACGCUGGGCACUCUCCUAGCUCUCCAGCUCGGCUGGGGGCUCUGGCUCAUGCCCGCUGUCUAUGCCAGGAUGGGGUGGAUACCGGGAACUGCAGCUAUUGGGGUGCUCACGCUGCUGACGGCGUACUCGGGCUUCCUCAUAUCCAGGCUGGUGCAGACGGUGUCGGGGGCAAUCCUCUUUGGAGACAUUGGGGAGGCUGCUGCAGGGGCCAAGGGGCGCAAUGUGGUGUAUGGAAUUGUGUACACGCUGGGAGCCACGCGGUGUAUCAUAUUGCAGCUGGCGACAGCAGAGAGCCUGAAGCAUGCGUUUGGCAGCAGCAACGAUGAGUCCCUGCUGGUUUACGGCCUGGCAGUUGCCAUUGUGGCUCUGGUGCUGGUCCAGAUCAAGUCGUUGAGCAACCUGGGGUGGUUCUUGAGUUUUGGGACGUUCGGUCAAUUCUUUGCGGCGAUUGUGGUGGUCUACAAACUGGUAGUCACACCGAGAUUGGGAGCCACGACAGAGCUUGUACAUGCAGGAGAGGCAUCGACAUUCUUGGUAGCUAUCAUGAACAUCAUCUUCGCGUAUGGGGGCCAGUUUGCGUUUGUGGAAGUGAUCAACUCCAUGCAGCAGCCCAGGCACUUCCCUGGGAUUGUGUCCUUCUCCACAGCCAUCAUGGGGAUCGGCUAUGUGGGCAUUGGCAUGAUUGGUUACUGGGCGAGGGGCAUAGCAGUGCCUGAUGUCAUCAUCUUUGGCAUCGGGGAUGACUGGCUGGCGCGCGCAGCCUGCAACGCCAUUCUGAUCCAGGGGAUCGGCCAGUACCUGGUCAACCUCAACAUCUGGACCCACAACAUCCUCACCCUGCUCGCCCGCAGCCAGGGCAGCAAGUGUGCGGCGCACAUUGAGAGCUCGUCGGACCACCAUUGGCUGAGCUGGCUGGCAGGGACCACAUUCGUGGUGGCCUACUCCUUCCUCAUCUCCAUGACAGUCCCUUACUUCAGCUCCCUGGUGGCCCUCGUCACGUCUGCAACGUACCUCAUCUGCGCGUACACCAUCCCAUGCUGCUUCACUGUGGCGCUGAUGCGCGAGCGGCUGCCUCGCGCUGAGCUGGCCCUGUGCAUGGCGCUGAUUCCCAUGUCGCUGCUCAUGAGCUGCGCGGGUGUCCUGUCUGCCUUCCAGAACCUCAUGGAGAACGUCCGUGGCGGUGUUGUGCUGCGGACUUGAUCUGUCAAGACGCCUGGAGUUGCGCUAUCCUGGACGGGGUCUCUCAUUCUCUUUGCAGAGAUGUUGUGAUCCUUCCUUGUGUCCCUUCUAAGGACAUGUCUUGUUUGGUGGUAGGGUAGGACAGCUAGGGAAGUCAUAUGAUGUACAGGCCAUUCAUGAGCGCUUGAAGUGACAUUCUGAUCAGUGUGUUUCCUUUUACCGUCAGCAGCAGACAUUGCCUGGCAUGCUCGCCGGGUUGCAUGCUCUGAUUUUCGGUAGUGAUAUAUUUGACGUAACCAUGACAGUCUUAGAUUACAGCGGUGAUGAGCAGCAGGGCUGCUUUGUACCAUAAAGACAGUAGAACGAUUUCUAGACAAGCUACGUCUUAUUGAUAUGGUCCAUCUCCUAUGUUAAUGUGAUCACGCUGCAUGCAUGUGCAGAAGCGCUUCCGUGCUAGCAGGAAUGCCAAAGGCCUCAUUGAUACAUUGCCUACUGUGGAAGGGGGAGGACAGGAACGAUAUGUCUCUUAAGAAUGGAACAAUUAUCCUGCUGUC